GGGUCACAGCGCUUCAUGAUUGGCUGGAGAGGUUUGAACAAGGUUGUCACCAUGAACUCUGUACUAUCAGUGCGAUCCCUCACGCAGAUGUUUGGUGGCAAAGCACAAGACAUCAUCAAUGAAAUCGAUAAUGUCCACAUGGUUUGGCUUGAGGAGAUACAACAAGAAGCCAAUCGCAUGUUCUCAAGAGAUUUUAAUGCUGAACCAGAGUUGAUGCCAAAAACGGCAUCACAGAAGAAAAACAGUCGCAGGAAGCGUGUGUCUUUGGGUCCCCAAGAAGAAAAUCAGGGAAAGAAAAGAUACUCAAAGGGAAGGCGCAGUAACCUUCGUGGCUCUUCUGUUAAAUCACUGCAAUUCACUGCUAAAGAGGAUCCCAUUUCUGAGGUCUCCACUUCUGACACCAGCAGCACUGGACAGUCCAAACGCACCACUCGCAGAAACAAACAGACAAAGCCUGAGGUGGUAGAUGAUGAGAGCCCGUCACCUCAUGACAGCGAUAAAGCUGAAGAAGUGCAAAACAAAACGCAGAUGCUGCAGGAGAAGGAGGUAGUGGUGGUUGAAAAUAAGGAGGUGAAUGAUGCUAAAGUCAAACCAGAUGACACAGUUGGCAACGCCACACCUCCUGAGUCUCUUAAGAUUCCCUUACCUGAAGCCGUUGUCAGCAUCUCUCAUGUAGACCGCUUGUCUGCUGAGCUCGCAAAAGAGCCCGAGCCCUCUCCUGGCCGUACAGCUGCUAAGAUUGCAAUAGCUGAAUCUGCUCAAAUCUCAAGGCGCAGCUCUGUGCAGUGCUCCCUGAAGCUACGUCACUCUCUGGCUGGCCUGCGGCACAGUAUGACUCAGGAAUCUGUCCGCCGUGCCUCGCGCCGCUCCAUGCUUAAGAGGAAAGCUACUCGUGCGGGUAACUCAACAUGUAGCACCAAAGUUAGUGAUGACUCUUGCGUGGAGGAGGAUGAGGAGGAAAUGGAGAAGGAAAACCAAGAAGUGCUGUCAGACGCUGUAUCUGUGGAUAAUGCUGGACCUCAGAAAUCUCAGCGAACUCCAGAGGGUAUACAACAGUCUCUCAUGCGCAUCACUCGUUCCGUGGCUGCAAACUCACCCAAACUGGCGCCCCCAUCGUUGUUUAUCAGUGAGAUGACUCAUAACAGAGCAAUUGUCACUGAGAAGCUGAAUUCGCUGCCAGUUCGGAGGUCAAGUCGCAGCACUAAGCGUAAAGCACCUGAUACUAUAGAUGAAAGUCCGACAAAGAGGUGCUCUCCUCCCAAGAAAAGUCAAAGUGCAAUCAAACCCCACAUGAAGUCUUUUCUGCACACCGUCCAAAAGAAUCAGAUGCUGAUGAUGACACCGAAUUCAGUCGGCCGGACCGCAGUGAUCAAGUCCUUCAUCAAACACAACACUCCUCUAAGGAUUGAUCCUAAGUUCAACACUAGCAUAGUGACAAAAGAGCGCAACAAACUUGAAGCACUUAAAAAGAAGCAGGAGCAAGAGGAGGAAAGGAUGAGGAAAAUGGAAGAGGAUAAGAAGAGGAAACAGGAGGAACUUAAAAGGAAGAGGGAUGAGAGGUUAAGAAGAGUCUUUGAGGCCAAAGUAAAAGAGGAGCAGAGGGAGGAAGAGAAGAAGAAAAAGAUUGAGCAAAAAAUGGCUCAGAUUGAUGAGAAAAAUGACAAGCGCGUGGCGGAGGAGAAGGCCAAGAAGAAAGCGGCCCUGAAGCGUCAAGAGGAGCUAGAACAGAAGAGGAAAAUGGAAGAGGAGGCCAGAAAGAAGAAGAUUCAGCAGGAGGAAGAAAAGCGACAGCAAGAGUUGCUGGCCAAGAAGAAGGCUGAGGAAGAGGCUCGUAAAGCACUCGAGCUGAAGAGGGAGCAGGAACGCGAGAGGGAAAGGGAGCUGGAGAGGGAACGGCAAGCUGCUGCGGAAAGAGAGCGAGUGGAGAAAGAAAAAGCUUUCGCUCUGCAGCGUGAAGUGGAGAGAGCAGCGAGAGAGAAAGAGAUGAGGGAACUCGAGGAAAAAAGGAAGGCACUCGAGGAAAAAAGAAAACUGGAGGAGCAGCAAAGGCUGGCAGCAAAAGAGAAAGCUGCUAAAGAGCUGGAAGCUGCUAAGCAGAGGGACGCUGCUGCUCAAGAGGCUGCUAAAACACAGACUGCUGCUAACCUAAAUGUGACUGUGGAUAUUGAGCGCUCAGUAAUGAGCACACCUGUAGGAAAAGGUGGUGAGCUCAACGUGACGGUUGAUAUUGAGCACUCCUCACCACAGUCAUAUGCCAUCACGCCAAAGGGUGGAGAUAAACCUUUGAUUUUGUCCAAAAAUCCAGAAGACUAUGGGAUGGACCAAAACAGUGAUGACUCUACUGAUGACGAGUCUGCACCAAGGAAGCCUAUUCCAUCCUGGGCAGAAGGUCCCAAUCUGCAGCAGAUAAUAAUGAAGCAAUACUUCAACCCUCCUGAUUUGGACUCUUUCUUUGGCGCAAUUGAGUCACCACGACUGGAAAACAUCUUUUACAAGAGCAAGCCCAGAUAUUUUAAACGAACCAGCUCUGCGGUGUGGCACUCUCCCCCAGCUGGAAAGUAACAUCUGUACACUCAUACAGAUGUUUAAACUGCUGUAUAAAGUUAAAAUUCUGAAAAUCAGUUUCAAAUAAAGUCACUUGUUUUGUUUUUCUGAAUGUUCUUUUUAAAUGUAUGUUUCUGUUUCACAUCUUUAUGUCUAAGUAGGUUUUUAUAUCUGUGGUUUCUGUUUAGCUUUUAGAGAUGUAAUUUGUUUUGGCUUGUCAAUUUAAAAAAUUAAAAGUAAAUUAAAAGAUG